GAGAGAAAGAAAGGUCGGUCCUUUCGCCACAAUCUCCAAACACCGCUAUAAACCCCCACUCUCUCCUUCAUCCACUGCGCAUCGCGUCCAUCUUCUUCAUCUCCAGAGUGUUUCAGGCAUGGCAGGAGGAUUGGUGACUGUGUGGGAGUGUUUAUCUUCUUUUUUAUGAUCAAUAAUCACAAGGAUUUGUGAGGCAAGGUUGCUAAUCCGAGCAACAAUUUCUGCCCAACAAUGUCGGCCUUUUUCCUUUGCGUAACAAACACUGUUUAUGCUGGAGUUGCUCUAUUUUAUUCCAAGGCUUCUUUUAUCAAAUUAUGAAGAGCCUGCAAUUGUGGACAUUAGUUCUGAUGAGGAGGAUUUUGAUAGCUUUGAUGGAGCAUGCAAAUCCAAUUAUGACUUCAUCUCAAAGAUCCUCGGUUGUGUUGAUCAUGUUGUUGCAAGGCAAUCUGAUGACCUCAUAGUCCUGGAUGAGUUUUCUUCAGCUCCAGUAAUCAAGGAGAGAAAUUCUUCUUCUGCAAGAUUAGCAGAUCCCCCAACUGGAGGCUCUGAUGAUGACUGCUUAGUUCUGGAAUCUGACCCACAUAAACUAGUCUCAGUAACCAAUGAAAAGGCAGAUGGAGAUGAAUCAGAAGAGCUGCUUGUGGUUGGAGAAACAGGGCAGGUAGCUUGCAGGGAUUAUCCUCAUUCAAGGCAUUUAUGCGCUAGGUUUCCCUUCAGCAUCACUUCUCAUGAAAGUCAUUGUAGCUUGUGCCAUUGUUAUGUGUGUGACUCACCUGCCCCUUGUGAAUACUGGGGAAAUGGGCUUUUGAGCAGUGAUCAUUGCCACUCGACAGAUAAAGAAGCAAGGUGGAUAGAUGAAAGAAAGUCUUUCAAGCUAAGGAGCACCCAAAACCAAAAUUCACAAAGUCAGGGUACCCACAAACAAAAUCCACAAAGUCAGUCGAAUCCUGGCCUAUCAAAGGUUGUUCAUCCUCAAAGCAUGCAAUCAACUCGCAGUUCCAACUCGAUUCCAAGAAGAAGCUAUGGCAACCUAGCUCCAAGAAGAAACCAGCACAACUCCCUCCUGAGGUCAAUCCCGUAUUCCAAUUCCCCUCUUCAGGCUUGCUCAACAACCAGCAUUGCUAUGUCAACACCGCUAAGUGAAACAAAUCAAGGGCUGCGGACAGUUACUGUUCCCUUCAGCCAACCUACAACCAUGUGGCAGAUGGCACCUAUCCAAAGAGAGAAGCGCUCAGCUACCCCUCCGAUUAUGCAAGCAUACUCGAGGUCUAAAAAAUCUCGGACUGCUGGGAAUGAUUCUUUAGGCAUUGCAUGCUCUCUCCAACAGCAAUCCAGUGUUGCCAUCUGUGGUUCGACAUGCAUUGCGGCAAAUGAGAAAACAAAGUUUGCUGCAACUGUAUCAGGGAAGGACGAUUCCAUGCUUUACUGGCGGGAGAUACUUGCAAAGGUUGCUUCUCAACUCGAAGUGUCUGUCAGUGAUACUGAAAUAUCUACAACCAAUGGUCAACCACAAGAUGGUUCUUCCCACCCUUCAGAUUUUGCCAACAACUUACUGUUACCUCAACAAAAUGCAAUGCAGAACAUUACUGAUUCUUGCCAACAUGCGGCUCCUGAAAAUAUCACGCUAACGGUUGAGCCAAGUUCGUUAGGUAUCGGUUGCAGCUAUUCGUUUGGUGAAUUUGUUUGUGAUUCUGACCCAGUGACUGUAAAAGAACCAAGCCCUCCACCUAACAAUGUGUCAGCUCCCGGAAAGCCUCAUUUAGGAAAUGUUUUUGCUGCUUUGGACGAUAUUACACCGGACCCUGCAGUAGACAUCGAUCCUCUCUCUUUGUUUAAUGCUGGAGACAUUGCGUGGGAUUGCUUGGGAGAGCUGUAGUUUAUCUUGUCAUUCAGCCUUUUUUUUUUCUUUCAUGCAUGUUUCUUAUCUGUUCAAGAGAAACAGAAAGUUUUAUAGGCCAAAGUUAGAUGUUUUGGCUUUGUAUAAAUUCCUGGAGAGCUGAUUCAGGGACUGCAUCUGUAACAGCAAUGAAUUAAAAUGUUGAGAAAGGCAAUAGAGUUGCAGUUAGUGAUUUAUGUCUU